AUGAAUUCGCCCUCAAAGCUCAAGCAUGCCUAUACGGUCUCCGAGGAAGAGGAGGAAGACCUCGUGCUGGUAUCGACGCCAUCCAAGAGCACUUCCGAGCCGUCCUUUAAGAGGGCACAAACAGAACCACCUCCCUCGCCGACGUCUCGUCGCCUGCCUUCUCCUUCCAAAUAUGACAGCAGCUCUUUCUCAAGAUCCGGCAUGACAAGAGAGCCAAGAAGGCUCGUAUCCAACGAUGGCUUGUCCCAAAGUGACAACCUAUCCAAACUGCCGCCUCCACUCCUCCAUAACAUGCGUGAAGCCUUCUCGGUACUCGACGCCAACUCCACGGGUGCAAUCGAUGCCGAGUCAGUGGCAGAGACACUCCAAUCCCUGGGUCUCCACGAGAGCAACCUGUCUCAGUUCUUUCCCCCAGGCCAGCCCCCGCAACUCUCUCUCCCACAAUACCUCAGCCAGCUGGCCAAUUUACUGGUCGGUCUAUCACCGCAGCAAGAGCUACUGAACGCCUUUUCCGCUUUCGAUGAUGACGACAGCGGCCAGAUAGAUGUGGUAGAGUUACGUACCGCACUGCUCGGCACAGCUCCGGACCCGGGCGAGCGGCCCUUGACGCAGAAGGACAUUGACAGGGCUAUGGAAGGGUUCACCGGUAGAAGGAUCCUGGGCAAGAAUGUAAUCGGCAUAGCAGGCGUGCGAGGUCUAAACAGCCCGGCUCCUAAGAGGGGUGGCGAUAUCUUUCGAUAUCAUGAGUUCGUGGCCAACUUGACAGGCGGGCCUGCAACAGAGUCCGCACAGACCCAAGGCGUUCCUGCACGAUGA